CCAACCAUGGCCAACAUUCCAAGUGCCAAGGCUACCCAAACCAUCGAUCGAUCGUCCCUGGAGACGAAACUUUUCAUCAACGGACAGUAUGUGGAGGCAAAGACACCAGCUCGGAUGAGCUGCUACAGUCCGGAAGAUGACACUAUCGUCACGGACAGCGUGCACAAAGCCGUUCAAGACGAUGUCGAUGCCUCGGUGUCCGCUGCUCGGGCUGCAUUCUCUGCAUGGUCCAACACCCCUCCCUCGAAACGGGCUGAGAUUCUUGUGAAAUUUGCCGAUUUGAUCGAGGCCCAUGCAGAUCAGAUCGCUCUGCUCGAAGCGGUCUGCACCGGCAAGCCUUUGCAGGUCUUUCAUGGCUUUGAAAAGGUGCUUACGACUACGGUGUACCGAUAUUAUGCAGGAUGGUGUGGAAAGCUAGGCGGGGAGUCCUUCCCCUCCAAUGAUGGGACUGGCCUUUUGAAAAUCGUCCAUCGUGAACCUUUGGGUGUUUGUGCGGCUGUCAUAUCGUACAAUGGGCCGAUUGGCUUGAUGGCCCUCAAGGCUGCACCGUGCCUCGCAGCGGGGAACACAAUCAUCAUCAAAGCUAGCGAGAAGACGCCACUAUCUAGUCUCUAUCUGGGUAACCUAGCCAAUGAAGCGGGCUUUCCUCCUGGAGUAAUCAACUUCAUCUCAGGCGACGGUGAGACGGGUGGACUUCUCGCCGCCCAUAUGGAUAUUGACAAGAUUUCCUUUACUGGCAGUGUCGGGGUGGGCAAGAAGAUCGCCCAGGCUGCAGCACAGAGUAACCUCAAACGCGUCUCGCUGGAGCUGGGCGGGAAGAGUCCAAGCAUCAUCUUUCCAGAUGCUAAUAUGGAUGUAGCAAUCCAGUGGUGUGUCCAGGGUAUUGUGGGCUUGUCUGGACAGGCUUGCUUUGCUAGUUCGCGAAUCUACGUCCACAACGACAUCAAGCAACAGGUGAUCGAGCGUAUGCAGGCUGCCUUUCAACAGGUAGAUGGGCAGUACGGAGACGCAAUCUCUGAAACAACAUUGCAUCCCCCCAUGGUGGAUCGAGCCCACUUCGACCGCGUCUCCAGUUUUAUCGAAAGUGGCAAGAAUGAAGCCACACUGCUUACUGGCGGAGAUCAGAUGUUCAACAAGGGCUGCUGGAUUCGUCCUACCAUCUUCACUGACCCAUCGCCCAAUGCCACCGUGCACAAAGAGGAGAUCUUUGGUCCAGUAGUGGUGAUAUCAGGUUUCUCCGACGAAGACGAAGUGGUGAGUUGUGCAAACAAUAGCCCGUAUGGACUGCAUAGCGCUGUCUUUACCCAGGACAUCAACCGAGCCAUGCGGGUGGCCAGUAAGAUCACUACCGGAACUGUCUGUAUCAACUGCUGUGCCACUAUCGAUCCUAGCGUUCCAUUUGGAGGACGAGGACAAAGUGGAUGGGGACGAGAGCUGGGAAAGCAAGGAAUUGACGAAUACACCGAAGCAAAAACGGUGCUUAUCAACAUGAUGUAUUGAGAAGUGACAUGUGUACACUUCACCAUCUCGCUUGGCAAUCUCACAGUGGAUCUCACCUAUCCAGAUUGUCAUCCAGAUCGCCUGUGGCAGGGCUAAUCUAGUCGCUUCCAGCAGAGCAUCACAUCAUUGGUGGGAAUAGGAAUAUGCAGGUUGGUCCACUUGGGGUAAACUUGAAGUACUGUAUAGAGAGCUUUGAAGACCAUUCAACUGAGCGGUAUUUCUUUUUCUCCUGUUGAUUUCACAAACCUGCAUUGUCGUAGACGAUCCUGGUGGAUAAAGUACUUUUGGCUAUCAAAUUGUUCAUCUGUGUCUAGUCGGACGACGAGCUGAAGAUACUAUAUAAACCCGUCUGUCUACUUGACUGUAGAAUAAACAAAGAUCAUUACAAUCCAUU